UUUAGCGUAAAACAGUAAAACUUCUGAUAAUUCUUGAGAGCUCUCCUCUUCGGAACAGCUCGACCUUCACGCAAAUGGCGUCUUCUUCUCUUACUUCAUUCCCAUGCCUAUCCUCGCUGACGAUUAAGCCCAUGGCAGCUCUCACCAAUCCCCCAAGAACGAAAACUCCAUACGAACUGAAAAAGGGGCAAAACCGUCUCUUCCACAAGCUUCCCUCUGGUCUAAAAAUGGAGGUAAUCGAACAACGAAGAAGCAAAUCCGAAAGAGAGAAUCCACCAUUGGUGUUUGUACAUGGAAGCUAUCACGCAGCUUGGUGUUGGGCUGAACAUUGGUUACCUUUCUUCUCUUCUUCUGGGUUUGAUUCUUAUGCUGUUAGUUUAUUAGGUCAGGGUGAAAGUGAUGAACCUUUGGGAACAGUUGCUGGAACACUUCAGACGCACGCAAAUGAAGGGGAGAAAUCUCCAACUAGUUUUUUUAAGGUUUACGAUGAAGCUAGUGAUGUACAUUUGUUUGUGUUGUUUAGCGCUUUUGUAUUUGUUGAUUACUAUGACUGA